AUGUCUCCCGCGCCGCUGGAGCGCGCGCCCGCGGCAGGCGUGAAGAGAACCCUGCGGGACGAGAUCAAGGCCGUCCUGAGGGAGAGGAUCAUGGUCCUGGAUGGCGGGAUGGGGACCAUGAUCCAGCGGCACACGCUGAGCGAAGAGGACUUCCGAGGCCAGGAGUUUAAGGAUCACGCCCUGCCGCUGAAAGGCAACAACGACAUCCUGAGCAUAACUCAGCCGGAAGUCAUUUAUCAGAUCCAUAAGGAUUACUUGCUGGCUGGGGCUGACAUCAUUGAAACAAACACUUUCAGCAGCACUAGUGUCGCCCAAGCCGACUAUGGUCUCGAGCACCUGGUCUACCGGAUGAACAAGCGCUCUGCGGCCGUGGCCAGGAGAGCGGCCGAGGAGGUCACGCUCCAGACAGGAAUUAAGAGGUUUGUGGCAGGAGCGCUGGGUCCGACUAACAAGACGCUGUCUGUGUCCCCAUCUGUGGAAAGACCAGACUUCAGGAACGUCACUUUUGAUGAGCUCGUUGAGGCAUACAAAGAGCAGGCCCAAGGGCUGCUAGACGGUGGGGUCGAUAUCAUACUUGUUGAAACUAUUUUUGAUACUGCCAAUGCCAAGGCAGCCUUGUUUGCACUCCAGGACCUUUUUGAAGAGACAUAUGCUCCCCGGCCCAUCUUUAUUUCAGGAACAAUCGUCGAUAAAAGUGGGCGGACGCUUUCUGGACAGACCGGGGAGGCGUUUGUCAUCAGCGUGUCGCACGCAGACCCACUCUGCAUUGGGUUAAACUGCGCUCUGGGUGCAGCUGAAAUGAGGCCUUUUAUUGAGACAAUCGGGAAAUGCACCACAGCCUACGUCCUCUGCUAUCCCAACGCAGGCCUUCCCAACACCUUCGGUGACUACGAUGAAACUCCGAGCAUGAUGGCCGUGCACUUAAAGGGCUUUGCUGUGGACGGCUUGGUCAAUAUCGUCGGUGGAUGCUGUGGUACCACCCCGGAUCACAUCAGGGAGAUUGCGAAAGCCGUGAAAAACCAUAAGCCCCGAGUCCCACCCGCCACCGUGUUUGAAGGGCACAUGUUACUGUCCGGUCUGGAGCCCUUCAGGAUCGGACCCUACACCAACUUCGUGAACAUCGGAGAGCGCUGUAACGUGGCGGGAUCCCGCAACUUUGCCAAACUCAUCAUGGCAGGAAACUACGAAGCAGCGCUGACUGUGGCCAAAGGGCAGGUGGAGAUGGGGGCCCAGGUGCUGGACAUCAACAUGGACGACGGCAUGCUGGACGGUCCGAGCGCAAUGACCCGAUUUUGCAGACUCAUUGCUUCCGAGCCUGACAUUGCCAAGGUGCCCCUGUGCAUUGACUCUUCCAACUUCGCGGUGAUCGAGGCCGGCCUUAAGUGCUGCCAGGGCAAAUGCAUCGUCAACAGCAUCAGCCUGAAGGCCGGGGAGGCUGACUUCCUGGAGAAGGCCAGGCUGGUCAAGAAGUUUGGCGCCGCCGUGGUCGUCAUGGCCUUUGACGAAGAGGGACAGGCGACAGAAACAGACACGAAAAUCCAAGUGUGCACCCGGGCCUACCACCUCCUUGUGGGAAAACUGGGCUUUAACCCAAAUGACAUCAUAUUUGACCCUAACAUCCUCACCAUCGGGACCGGGAUGGAGGAACACAGCCUGUACGCUGUUAAUUUUAUCAAUGCGACCAAAGCCAUUAAACAAACGUUACCUGGAGCCAAAAUCAGCGGCGGUCUCUCCAACCUGUCCUUCUCCUUCCGAGGAAUGGAAGCCAUCCGCGAAGCCAUGCACGGGGUUUUCCUUUACCACGCCAUCAAGUGCGGCAUGGACAUGGCGAUCGUGAACGCAGGGAACCUCCCCGUGUACGACGACAUCCACAAGGACCUCCUCCAGCUCUGCGAGGACCUCAUCUGGAACAAGGACCCCGAGGCCACCGACAAGCUCCUGCGUUACGCCCAGACGCACGGCACAGGAGGGAAGAAGGUCGUGCAGACCGAUGAGUGGAGGAGCGGCUCCGUGGAGGAGCGCCUGGAGCAUGCCCUCGUGAAGGGCAUCGAAAAAUAUAUUAUUGAAGAUACCGAGGAAGCCAGGCUAAACCAGGACAAAUACCCCCGGGCUCUGCAUAUAAUCGAGGGGCCUUUGAUGAACGGCAUGAAAGUGGUUGGUGAUCUUUUCGGAGCCGGAAAGAUGUUUCUGCCCCAGGUUAUCAAGUCGGCUCGGGUCAUGAAGAAGGCUGUGGGCCACCUUAUUCCCUUCAUGGAGAAGGAGAGAAAGGAAGCUCAGGUGCUGUCCGGCACAGUCGAAGAAGAGGAUCCUUACCAAGGCACCAUCGUGUUGGCCACCGUGAAAGGCGACGUGCACGACAUCGGCAAGAAUAUAGUUGGAGUCGUUCUCGGCUGCAAUAAUUUUAGAGUCAUUGACUUGGGAGUCAUGACCCCCUGUGAUAAGAUACUGAAGGCGGCUCUUGACCACAAAGCAGAUAUAAUUGGCCUGUCAGGACUCAUCACUCCGUCCCUGGAUGAAAUGAUAUACGUUGCCAAGGAGAUGGAGAGAUUAGCUAUAAAGAUCCCGUUGCUGAUUGGAGGGGCCACCACCUCGCGAACCCACACGGCAGUGAAAAUCGCACCCAGGUACAGCGCGCCCGUGAUCCACGUCCUGGACGCGUCCAAGAGCGUGGUGGUGUGUUCCCAGCUCUUAGACGAGAACCUGAGAGAUGAGUACUUUGAAGAGAUCACAGAAGAGUACGAGGAUAUUAGACAGGACCACUAUGAGUCUCUCAAGGAGAGAAGAUACUUACCCUUGAGUCAAGCUAGAAAGCACAGCUUCCAUAUCGACUGGCUGGCGGAGCCGCCCCCAGCGGCGCCCACGUUCCUCGGCACGCGUGUCUACGAGGACUACAACCUGCAGGCGCUGGUGGGCUACAUCGACUGGAAGCCUUUCUUUGACGUGUGGCAGCUCCGGGGCAAGUACCCGAACCGCGGCUUCCCCAAGAUAUUUGACGACAAGACUGUAGGCCAGGAGGCCAGAAGGCUCUACGACGAUGCCCAGAACAUGCUGAGCGCUCUGAUCGCCGAGAAGAAGCUGCAGGCCCGGGGCGUGGUGGGCUUCUGGCCCGCGCAGAGCGUGCAGGACGACAUCCGCCUGUACCCCCCGGGCUCGGAGCCCCGGGCCGCCCAGCCCAUCGCCACCUUCUACGGACUGCGGCAGCAGGCAGAGAAGGACUCGGCCAGCACGGACCCGUACCUCUGCCUCUCGGACUUCAUCGCGCCCCUGCACUCGGGCCUGCGGGACCACCUGGGCCUGUUCGCCGUCGCCUGCUUCGGGGUGGAGGAGCUGAGCCGCGCCUACGAGGAGCAGGGCGACGACUACAGCAGCAUCAUGGUCAAGGCGCUGGGGGACCGGCUGGCCGAGGCCUUUGCCGAGGAGCUCCACGAGAGGGUGCGCCGAGAGCUGUGGGCCUACUGCGGCAGCGAGCAGCUGGGCGUCGCCGACCUGCGGAGACUGCGCUACGGAGGUAUCCGCCCGGCGCCCGGCUACCCCAGCCAGCCCGACCACACCGAGAAGCUCACCAUGUGGGAGCUGGCCGGCGUUGAGCGGUGCACAGGCAUCCGGUUAACGGAGUCGUUAGCGAUGGCGCCUGCUUCCGCCGUGUCCGGCCUGUACUUCUCCCAUCUGAAGUCCAGAUACUUUGCCGUGGGGAAGAUUUCCAAGGAUCAGGUUGAGGAUUACGCUCUGAGGAAGAACAUGCCUGUGGCCGAGGUGGAGAAGUGGCUUGGGCCCAUUUUGGGAUAUGACACGGACUGA